AUGUCUGCGACAGACUCCGAGUCGGACUAUUUCGACGAUGAUGACUUUAUAGUCCCCGAUGAGCCCGCAUCUCGCCCCGCCAAACGUCGCCGCGUUGAAGCUUCGAAGCGGGGAGAACGCGAUAACCACAAUGAUUCCUCGAUCGACUCGUUUUCUGAUAUGGAGGACUUGCCUCCACAACGGGGAGGCUCUGCGGACUUUGACGAAUACCAAGAACGCCCUAAAAAUAAGAGUUAUCUGUUGAAACAGAAUAAUUUCCAAGAGAAUAUGUUCGUCACGCAACUCACGCAACCGUCUUCAAGCCCGGAACGCAUACGAGGUCCACGAUGGCAGAAGCCUGUUGCAAAACCUCCUCCACCGAAAUUCGAAUCUGCUGGACAGGGAAGUGGGCCGUUGGCUCUACAGGGUGUGCAGCAGGCGCAGGAUUAUAACCAAGAUGACGAGUUAAGAGCGGCUAUUGCUGCUUCAUUGGACUCAUUUGAGGAGGAGAAAGAGAUCAGAGGAGCAUUUAGCCCACCGAGCUUAGCACGGAAUACUGCCUCCAGGACUCUCGCGCUCCCACAACAGGACGUCUCAUUUGAGCUGGACGACAUACCCGACGACGCAUUUGAUACAUCGCCGUCAUUGUCACCUGUAGCACGACCUACUCAACCCCCAAAAUUGAGUACGACCAGAGCACCAGGUCGACAAGCACAUAUGCGCCAGACAACAUUAUUCGGCAUGACUGCAGCCCAGGACCCAGCACCGCGUGAGCAAGACGGGGGCCCGCCGGACAAAGCCGAACCUCCAACCCAACACAAACUGGUCAAAGAUGCUUUGGAUACCUGGGUUUACCCCACAAACCUGGGUAGCACCCGAGAUUACCAGUUCAAUAUCACCCAGCGAGGCCUCUUCCACAACCUGCUUGUGGCCUUGCCAACCGGUCUGGGAAAGACAUUUAUUGCCGCUACAAUCAUGCUCAAUUGGUUUCGCUGGACGAAAGACUCGCAGAUCAUUUUUGUGGCCCCAACCAAGCCUCUGGUCUCUCAGCAGGUAACGGCAUGUUUAGACAUUGCCGGAAUCCCUCGAUCCCAGACGACCAUGCUCACUGGAGGUGCCUCACCUGGUAUUCGUGCCGAGGAAUGGAAGGCAAAGCGGGUGUUUUUCAUGACUCCUCAGACUUUGAUCAACGACUUGAAGACUGGGAUUGCUGAUCCUAAGCGGAUCGUUUUACUGGUCGUUGAUGAGGCCCAUCGUGCGACUGGUGCAUAUGCCUAUGUGGAAGUAGUCAAGUUCCUGCGGCGGUAUAACAACAGUUUCCGCGUUCUCGCAUUGACAGCUACUCCGGGUUCCACAGUGGAAUCGGUACAGGCGGUCAUCGAUGGAUUGGACAUAUCACGAGUCGAGAUUCGGACCGAGAACUCGAUUGAUAUUCGCGACUACGUUCACGCUCGCAACAUCGAAAUCGAAACAUUCGAGAACUCGGAUGAGAUGGUCUUCUGCAUGGACCUUAUGUCAGAGGCCUUGCGACCCUUGCUCGAUCAGCUUCACACUCUCAACGCCUACUGGGGAAGAGACCCCAUGGGCCUAACCGCCUACGGUCUGACAAAAGCCAGACAACAAUGGAUGCUGUCCGAUGCGGGUAGGAAUGCCAACUUUGGACUCAAAGGCAAAGUCAAUGCCAUCUUUUCUGUCCUUGCCAGCUUGGCCCACGCCAUCGACCUGCUCAAGUAUCAUGGCAUCGUGCCAUUCUACCGCCAUGUUCUUCACUUCAAGUCAAGCACGGAAGGACAGAAAGGCGGAGGUGGCAAAUGGCAAAAGCAAGUCGUUCAAGACGAGCAUUUCAAGAAAUUGAUGAGCCAUAUUGAACCGUGGUCCAAGAACUCGGAGUUCAUUGGUCAUCCUAAGUUGGAAUAUCUUAAAUCGGUGAUCUUGAAUCACUUCAUGGACAGAGGCGAAGGGAAGGAGACUACCCAAGGAAGCGUUGAGAGUGCGACCCGUGUCAUGAUCUUUGUGCACUUCCGUGACAGUGCAGAAGAGGUGACGAGAGUGCUCAAACGAUACGAACCCAUGAUUCGGCCUCAUGUUUUCGUGGGUCAAUCGAGUGCCAAAGGCUCCGAGGGCAUGGACCAGAAGACACAGCUCCAGAUCAUCAAAGAGUUCAAGAAAGGCACCUACAACACGAUUGUGGCCACCUCUAUUGGUGAGGAGGGUCUGGACAUUGGAGAGGUCGACCUUAUCGUGUGCUACGAUUCGUCAGCGUCGCCAAUUCGCAUGCUGCAGCGGAUGGGUCGAACUGGUCGCAAACGGGCUGGUAACAUCACACUGCUGUUGAUGAAGGGCAAGGAGGAGGACUCUUACAUCAAGGCCAAGGAUAACUACGAGAAGAUGCAACAAAUGAUUGCCAGCGGCUCCCGAUUCACCUUCCAUGACGAUCGUUCUGCUCGAAUCUUGCCCGCAGGAAUCCGUCCAGUGCCUGAUAAACGACAAAUCGAGAUUCCCCUGGAGAACUCUCAACAAGACCUGCCAGAGCCCAAACGCAAAGGAAGAGCACCGAAGCGACCCCCGAAAGUCUUCCAUAUGCCGGACGAUGUGGAGACAGGAUUUACUCGAGCUUCAACCCUCACUGGCGGCAAGUCUAAGACCGAGAAGGAGAAAGCCGCCACCCCAAAAAAGCGACCACGGACCCCUACACCUGAACCUGUGGAUGUUCCCUCGUUGGAGGAUGUUACUUUAAGUGCCAGCGAACAGAAGCAGCUUGAAAACCAUUAUCAGAAUAUCGGAGCCACCUCUCCUCAGUUCAUUCGAUUCCCUCGCAACGAUGCUUUCCCUCGUCUUCAACUUGUUCCUAGGCCUACAAAGCUUGUUAAACAUGGAGCUCUGACAAAGCGCAUGAUAUCAGCUUUGCAGAAAAUGGACGAAGCAGGACCAGACUGUGAUCGUCGAUUCAAAGAGAUUCUGGCUCGGCAACCUCUGUCUUCUGACGAGUCCAGCCAUCCCCAGACGAUACCAACCAAGAAGGCUGGAAAUGGUAAAAAAGACUUCAAGACUCCAUCAAAGCCUGCUUCUCGAAAGACGUCGAAGAAAUCCGCGAACCCUGCUGACAGUGGUAUUCUAUCUUUGUUGUCUCCCAAUCAACCAGAUCGCGAACAGCGAAAGCUGGAUCCUCUUGAUUUUCUCGAUGAUGACUUUGAUGACGAUGAUCUUCCGGACCCAAGCUCUUUCUUUAGCAGUGGCGCGAAGCUUAGUAGUUCCCGAAAGCAGAGCAGGUCGAUUGUUGACAGUGAUGAAUUAUGA